AUGGCCCGAGGACACGAGAGCGAAUAUCUAGUCGAAGGCGACAAUCUGCCCAAUAGCUCUGCAACUCUGGCCCAAUAUGCUAGACAGCCGUCUAACCGUCCACGGAGCGGCAACAGACACUUCCGUCCGUUGGAACAUAGCGAUCUUCCUGAGGACGAUGACAAUACAUAUGACGAGCCGCAUACAGAUAGCAGUCCACCCGGUGUUUACGGGGGCACGCACAUCUGUCAAGCGGUCACUAAUUCUUCUGCCGAGAUGAAUCUCCUAAACGGAUAUACUGUUUCCGAUUAUGGUUCCCUUCUAUCCGGAGUCCGCCCCAGUAUGAACAUGUCACCUUUCGCAGAACGAAUCACUGUUGCAUCCUCGUUGGGCAACAGCUAUAAUAUGAGCAAUGAAAACAGCACCCAAUCUACGAUGCACAUCAUCGCACGCUACUCAGAGCUCUUCAAUGGGCGGCUCGUCAACUCGUAUCCUGAAGGACAGCGUGCAGGUUCUUUUGAAGGGGAGAUUGCCUUCUACUUACAUCCGAACCUGGAUCUAUCCGCAUAUCAGUGGUCCCAGAGGGCCUCCCGAUGGGACAAUAUUGGCCUGUAUUCUCACAAGGAAGGCAUGAUCAAAGGCUUAUUGUCCUCCAUUCAUCUACCAGACUCGCCCUUCAGACGCGAUUCGGUUGAGUACUUCAAGGCUAUCGCCGAACAGAAAGAGAGGGCGCAGCGCUCUAUCACAACACCACCAAACUUGAGGAAUGCUGGUUCGCCCGGUGUUCUUGCAGAAAGGCCAUAUUCCACUCCACCUCAAGCAUCUGCUUCGCAAGGUGUGGCUUUCAGGACGAACUAUCAACCUUUGGCACCAACUAAAAGUGCCACCGAGGAUAAGUAUUUUUUUGGUCCUUCCUCCAGCGCAUAUACAAGAAUAUGUCGUACCUCGCACGCAAGCACGCCCGAAAACGACGUCGGUAGAGGUGGUUCUAGGAAUUCUGGCUUCCAGUUUCCGGACCAUACAGCGGUAGCAAAUGCAUCCUUACUCGACCCCGGCUAUCCGCAGUCGGAUGCAAUAGACGGAUAUAGGCACCCUCAUUCCAAUUCGAGCAAUAACCCUCAGCCAAGUUACGACAUGACAUCGAUAGCUGACGGAGUGGAAGAGAAUACCAUGCUAUCUCAGCUACGUUCUGUAACGGCAGAACUUCCGCAAUUUCUUCGGGGGGACGGACAGUCUACUGAGCCCGGAACUGCCACCGUAGAACAGGCCUUUCGACAAGUACCAUUAGCCUGUGAGGCUCAAGGAUCUCAUUCGCCGCCGUCGAGCAAUCCGGGAAUGGAUAGAGGGUCCCCUCGAGGACGAAUUGUAGCAAAACCCAGCGAAAGUGUCUCCGCGUUACGGGCGGACGCAGAACCAUACGCAUACAACAGGACAGCUUCCGGAUCAACGAAGUUGGGUAUUUGUGAGCCCGAUGCGGCGCCGCUACUUUGUUUCCUGCAUCCCAAGCACGAGAUUGUCAAUGUGACGGGUGAUCGCGGACUCACCCCGCAGAAUUUCGAAGGCCCAUUCUUCACAGGUUGCAUGCCCACUAUGCAGAAUCCAGCCACACACCUCUCGAGCCCUUCGGACGAGAGGAGAAAACUUCAGCAAUGCUAUACGAACCGACCGUGCCUCGACUUGCAACAAGACAUCAGCAAUGCUUACAUGGACGAGGCCACAAAGCCACGAGGCAAGUACGAGCGUGCCGACGUUGCUAACACGCCUCUCUUCCGGAAGUUACUUCACAAAGGACUGGCAAACUCCAUCUGCGACCAGCAGGAAUGUGUAGGCCACGAAAUUGGUGAGGAUCUGGAUCAGGUGGCUGGGGAAAUGGGUUGA